AUGCCUUCAUUAGCCGCUGAAGUGUUUACAACGGCGAUAACCGUUACUCUAUGUUUUGUUGGACUUUUUGGAAAUUGCUGCAUUAUAUGGGCACAUGCAUUCGACCGACACCUACGACAUAAAAUCUGCUAUAUUGUGACCGUUAUCGCCUUUCUACAUGCAGUCUGCCUUCUCAAUGAGCUAUAUCUCGAAGUUCGGCAGUUAAGAUUUCACGGUUCUUCACGGUCGGAGUGCUUUCGACAAACAUGCAUCUAUGUGUUCGUCUUUAUGGCUCAGGCGGCGAUGUUCCUUAUGUUAGCCGUGGAUCAUCUUUUUGCUGUGACAAUACCACUGAAGUAA